AUUUAUUAUAGAUUUUGAAGUAUUUCAGGCAAGCAAAUAUUAAGAAAAUACGAAAGACAAAAAGAAUUAUUAAAAAGAACUUCAAAAAAGAGAGAUUAUACUUCCACUUAUCCUCUUGUAGUUGUUAGUGAUAUAAUUAUUUUAAAAUGUUAAAAAUUUAAUUAUAUAAUUAAUCUAUCUGAGAUAGCAAAGGGUAAUAAUGCUCCUAGAUUUGAAGCAUGUUUUAGUUAUAUAAAAAAGAAUAUUGCAAAUUUAGGAUGGUAAAAAGAAAUGAUAUAAACCAUAGAAUUCUAAAAAUCACGAGUAGUUAAAUUUUAGGUGAAUUAGGAUAAAAGUUUAGUGCAUGGGGUGCAAUUACUUUUAAAUUUUCAUCGAAAUUUUAACAUAAAAUUGCGGCUUCUGAAAGUAUAUACAAUUAGUAGAAAAUAAAAUUUUACCAAAGAUAGAAAAUUAAAUUUUAUAUAUUAAAAAAGAGAAACCAAUAAAAGUCUAGAACGACCAUCACACCAAUCACCAUCAACCUUAAUUUCUCCUUUCAUUAUUUAGAUCGAAACACAAACUACAAGCUCUCUCUAUCCCACUCAGUUCCACACUUCCAUCUUCCAAAAAACAAAACAGAACAGAACCUCUUUCAGUUCUGAGCUUUAGAGUUUGCACUAUUACUUACCUUUAAAAAAUAAGAAAAUAAAAUAAACAAUUCUUUAUUGGUUACUCGGGGGAUGGAGAACUCGUACGAGUCAGCAGCCAAGUGGUCUGAUUCCAACAGUCCAUAUAAUAUGCUCUCAUGUUCACUAUUACAAUCUGAUUCUGAUCUUAGCCGCUUUAAUCUCGGCUUCUCUUCUUCUUCCUCCUCCGGCAACUUCCCGUCGGAUGAGUUUGUCGGUGGGAUAGAGAAAGGUGAGUUACUUUCAAGAAGCCACCGUCUGGCUGAGAAGAGACGCCGUGAUCGGAUUAAUUCUCACCUCUCUGCUCUCCGGAAACUUGUCCCUAAUUCCGACAAGUUAGACAAAGCAGCUCUAUUAGCGACAGUGAUAGAACAAGUGAAAGAACUCAAACAAACAGCAACACAAUCUCCAACCUUCCAAGAACUUCCGACAGAAGCAAAUGAAGUAACUGUUCAGCCUGAAACCAUCUCCAAUGACUUUGAACCAGACACCAUCAUCUUCAAAGCUUCUUUUUGCUGCGAAGAUCAACCAGAGGCAAUCUCGGAGAUCAUUAGGGUCCUCACAAAGUUUCAGCUCGAAACAUUACAAGCUGAGAUCAUCUGCGUUGGAGGAAGAUUGAGAAUCAACUUCAUUUUAAAAGACAGCAACUGCAAGGACACAACAACAAACAGUGUUUCAUCCACAAAAGCUUUGAAGCAAUCACUAUGCGCUGCGUUAAACAGAAUCGCAUCUUCGUCUUCCUCGUCUACUUCUUCGGUUUCUAGGAUUAGAAGUAAAAGACAGAGAUGGUUCCUCUCUUCUCAUUACUCACAAUGACAUUUUUCGUAAUACCAUCUUACUACUAUACACAGAUCGCAUUAUUUGUUCACAAGCGUUACGUGUAGGUUACGUUUUCUUCCUAAACAAAACAAUGUUUGUAUAUUCUAAAUUAAGUAACCUAAAUCCGAGAUAUUCCAUAAGAUCUAAACGAAGAUUAGCAUUUGCGAGAAGUUAAACACUAUUGGUGUUACGUUUUCUAAGUGUAUAUAACCUAACAAAGUGUUACGUGUAGGUUACGUUUUCUUCCUAACCAAAACAAGGCUUGUAUAUUCUAAGCGUAUAUAAUCUAAAUCUGAGGGAUUCAAUAAAGAUCUACACGAUAAUUAGCAUUUGCAAGAUGAUAAACAUUAUUUUAAUGAAAACAU